AGUUGCACCUUUCAAAAUGACGGCGAAAGCAGCGCCAACAUGUAAAAUAUUUUCAUUCAAUGAUGUCAGAUCAACGCCGGACCCGAUUUUCGAAAUUGAUCCUGCGUGUUUACAGCCCAACGCAGUGCCUAUAAUCAUAGAUAACGGCUCUUUCCAAACCCGAGCCGGGUGGGCAUGCACAGCCGACCAACUCUCCGCACCCCUGCUACAGUUCAAAACCGUGGCGGCGAGGAGCCGCGGGGCAGCCCGCAGCGAGACGCAGAUCGGCAACGACAUCUCCAACCUCGAGCCUUUACGGUGGCUUCUAAAGAGCCAGUUCGACAGAAAUGUGGUGGUCAACUUCGAGAUCCAGGAGCUCAUGUUCGAUUACAUUUUCUUGCACUUGGGGAUCGGCACGGAGGGCAGCGUGGAUCACCCUCUGGUUCUCACGGAGGCGCCGUGCAACCCGCUUCACUGCCGGCAGAUGAUGUCGGAGCUGCUGUUCGAGUGCUACAGAGUCCCGCAUGUCUCAUACGGCGUGGACGCUCUGUACAGCUUCUGCCACAACAACAGGAAGCAGGGCAUGGAGCCCCCCCAGACCGGCCUGGUCAUCUCCUCUGGGUACCACUGCUCCCACAUCCUGCCCGUGAUCAACGGAAGGCUGGACGGGGGGCACUGUAAGCGGGUGAACGUGGGGGGCAGUCAGGUGGCCUCGUACCUGCAGCGGCUGCUGCAGCUGAAGUACCCGGGGCACCAGGCCGCCGUCACGCUCAGCCGCAUGGAGGAGCUGCUGCAGGGCCACAGCUACACAGCCGAGCACUACCACGAAGAGCUGGAGAAGUGGCGCAGUGGGGAGUUCUAUGAGCAGGAGGUGCACCGCCUGCAGCUCCCCUUCUCCUCCAAGCUGCUGGGCUCGCUGAGCGCCGAGGAGCGGCAGGAGAAACGCGCCCAGCAGCUGCGCCGCCUGCAGGAGGUCAACGCCCGCCGCCGGGAGGAGAGGCUGCAGCAGGACCAGGAGAGACUCGACACCCUGCUGUCUGUGCAGGAGCUCUGGGAGGACGGGCACUUGGAGCUGUUCCACCGCAGGCUGGUGGAGCUGAACAUGGACUCCGCUGAGGAGCUCCAGUCCUACAUCAGCAAGCUGAGUCUGGCAGUGGAGCAGGGCCGACAACACAUCCUGCACAGUGACACGGCCGACAGCAAGACCGAGAUGUCGGAGCUGGAGGAUGGGGACGGUGUGGCGGAGAUGGAACCCGAGCUCAGCGAGGUCACAGAGCCAGAGAAACCCUCAAACACCGUGCAGCCGGUGUUUAACAUGGCGGAGUACCACCAGCUGCUGGUGGGCACGGAGAGGCUGCGGGCGCCGGAGGUGCUGUUCCAGCCAGCGCUGAUCGGCGAGCAGCAGACGGGCCUCAUGGAGACGCUGCAGUUCGUGCUGGACAGGUACACUCCUGAGCAGCAGGCGGCGCUGGUGCGCUGUGUGUUCCUGACGGGGGGGAACGUGCAGUACCCCGGCAUGAAGGAGCGCGUGGAGAGAGAGCUGCUGGCCAUGAGGCCCUUCCAGUCCCACUUCCAGGUGUCCAUAGCGUCGAGGCCGGCGCUGGAUGCGUGGUUUGGGGCGCGUGAUUGGGCGCUGCAGACCGAGGUGGGGGGACCGGGCUGGGUGUCCCGGCAGGACUAUGAGGAGAAGGGGGGGCAGUACCUGAGCGAGCACUGGGCCUCGAACGCGGCGGUCUCCCUGAGGGUCUCCAAACCCGCCCCACGGGCGUCCGAGGUGCCGCCUGCUGGACCCGCUGUUGCCGUCGCCACGGCGCCCGUCGCCAUGGCGCCCGUCGUCACGGCGCCCGUCGUCACGGACGUAACCAUGGUCACCGCCCCGCCCCAGCCCCUCCCCCGGGUCCCCUCGGGGGCAGGACAGUGAUGUCAUUGCGUGAAAACAUUACUGAUGACAUCGCCCGGCGCUGUGUUGUUGGCCUGUUCCUGGUAUGUGUGUGAGAGAGUGAGAGAGAGAGUGAGAGUGAGAGAGUGUGAGAGAGUGUGAGAGAGUG